AGCUCGUGCGCGAGCUAAAUCUUGGCCCGCACUGGCCUGCGGCAUUCUACGAUAUUGAGCGCCUCCUUGACGGCACACGUCCAUCCUACAGCAGCACCGGACAGGGGUGCAAUCCUUAGCAUCGUUCAGCCACUGCUCUCACUGCCCUCAACUUGACACCAUCGCCGCGACACGCCGCAUCAGUGGUUGAACGAAUCAAUUUCGUGCGCGGCUACCGUGCUAAUCCCGGUAGGCGGCGAUGACCGCACUCGUCGCGCUGCUGCUAGCGCUCCCGGCCAGAGCCCUCGACCUCGCCAUCGUCGGCGCGGGACCAGUGGGCACCAGCGCAGCGCUGCGCGCCGCGGAGCUGGGCAAAUCCGUCGCGUUGAUCGAUGCGCCGGAGUUCUCCGGAGCCUUGUCCGCGGCGGACGGCGAGGACCUGUCGUUCGGCGCGCCGUCGGGCCUGUUCUCCAAGGCCCUGCGCGACACGGCGAAGAAGUUCUCCGUCGAGACGCUGCGGCAGAUGGGUUUGGACGAUACUUCGAUAUGGGACCAGAUAAAGUUUUCCUGCGCGUCGCUCGCCCGAGCGAACGCGCGCGCGGCCUUCCUGGACGUCGAGAGCGCCGGCGUCGAGUAUAUAAGGGGAAAGGCCGUCUUAGCGGACGGCGGCCAGACGGUCUGCAUCGAUAAUCAACGGAAGCUCUCGCCGGACAACAUUUUGCUGUGCACCGGGUCGCGGCCGUUCCGAAUUCCAGGGAUCCCCUUCGACGGUAAGCGCAUCUUCGAAUCAGAUAGCAUAAACACGCUGACCUACCUCCCCAAGAGCAUCGCCAUCACCGGUUCCGGCAUCGUCGCCAUCGAGUUCGCGCAGAUCUUCGCGAGUUUAGGGGCUGAGGUCACGCUCAUUGUGCGAGAUCAGAAUCCAGCUCGAGCUUUAUCGAAGAUCGGGUUGGACAAGGACAUCGCCGCCGCAGUCCUGGCCGAUCUAAAGGCGAAGCGCAUCCGCACGGUAAAGGGCGCGGAGGCCGUGGCAUUUGAGGUGCCCGAAAGGCCGCGGCCCGUCGUUGUUAAAUUACAAGCCCCCGGCGGCGGCCCCGUCAAGGGUUCCGUUCAAGAGUUGAGAGUGGACGCCUACCUCGCCGCGGUGGGGCGGAAGCCCAAUACCGACAACCUGGCGCGACGCGGUGCUGAAUCAUCGCGUCGACCCCCACGCCAUCGACGCGUUCUCAUCUCAGUUGAUUUCCCACGCAGGGCCUCGAGGAGGCCGGCAUCGAACUCGAUGAAUAUGGAGACAUCACCGUGGACGGCACGCUGCGCUGCCGCACGGCGCAGCACUCGAUUUAUGCCGCUGGAGAUGUUGUAGGAAGACCAUUCUUGGCAUCUACGGGCGCCGCACAGGCCGUCGCGGCGGUGGGCGCGAUGUUCUCGACGGUGGGCGACUACUGCUCGCUCGACGAGGGGCUGGGCGCGACGGGCGCGCGCUACGACCCGGCGUCGCUGGCAUCGAACCCCUUCCAGUUCCCGGUAGGGCUCUGGUCCACGCCGGAGGUCGCCUACUUCGGCCUGUCGAAGAAGCAGGCCGAUUCCAUAGGGUACGAGGCCGACGAGGGCCUGGCGCUCUACAAGCAGUGUUUACGAGGCGUUGUGUUCGCGCCAGAGGGCCUGCUGAAACUAGUUUUUGAGAAGGGGUCCGGGAGGAUCCUGGGCGUGCACAUUGUGGGGGCCAGUGCACAAAUCAACUUUCGCGGCAUGCACCCGACUCACUUGGUUGAUUUGCGCACAGGUCGGCGCCGACGCCUGCGAGCUAAUCCACUACGGUAUGGAACUGGUGCGCGCGGAGCGCACGAUCCAGUCCGUGCUGGAAGCGACGUACUCGGCCGUGACCUUCCACGAGCUCUACACGGUGGCGGCGCGCGCGGGCAUGGAUCCCAAAGGGGGCCGGGCGCGGCGACGGGCAGCGGGCGCUGCCUGGGCCUCGCGGCGGAUAGCCCUCAAACAGGGGACGUUCAAUUAAGAG